UCUGUAAAAAGAAGUAGAGAGAGAGUACGAUCCCUUAAUUUCCGGAACCGUUGGGACUUUGUCAUUUUCAUAUUAAUUUUCUUCGAAUUUUAAUUCAAUUUUUCCUUUUUUUUUUGUAAUUUUUUCUCUCGCCAUUAUUGUUGUUUGGCAAGAGGGAAAAUUGAUAGAUUAUAGUACUACACGCCCGGGUUGGGGGGAAGAUUUUGGAUUUCUUUCUCUUCCUCCCCAUUGCUUAUUUUUCAGGCUGCUAUAGAUCAGGGCCGCGGCAGCUUGAUCGCAAUUCCCAACAGAAGAGUUUGAUUUCCUGUUGAAGAUUACCCCUUCACUUGUUGGAGUUCUGCUUCAGUUUGAGCAGGUUUGAAUUCGUUGGGCAAACAUGGGGGUUAUGUCCAGGCGGGUUGUUCCUGCCUGUGGUAGCCUCUGUUUCUUCUGCCCUUCUAUGCGGGCAAGGUCAAGACAGCCUGUGAAACGAUACAAGAAGAUCCUUGCUGAUAUCUUUCCUCGUAAUCAGGGUGCUGAACCAAAUGAUAGAAAAAUUUCUAAGCUCUGUGACUAUGCUUCAAAGAACCCAUUGCGUAUUCCCAAGAUUACCGAACUCCUGGAGCAACGAUGUUACAAAUAUUUACGGAAUGAGAAUUUUGGAUCGGUGAAAGUUGUAAUGUGUAUAUACAGAAAACUUCUAGUAAUGUGCAAAGAUCAGAUGCCACUAUUUGCUAGUAGCUUAAUUGGGAUUUCUAGAACUCUUUUAGAACAAACACGACAUGAUGAUAUGCAGAUUCUUGGUUGCAAUGUUCUUGUUGAGUUCAUAAAUAGCCAGACAGAUAGUACAUAUAUGUUCAACUUAGAGGGCAUUAUUCCAAAACUUUGCCAAUUGGCUCUAGAAGGUGGGAGUGAUGAUGAGGCACCUCAUUUGCGGUCAGCUGGGCUCCAAACUCUAGCUUCUAUGAUAUUGUUCAUGGGCGAGCAAUCUCACAUCUCAAUGGACUUUGACGAAAUUAUAUCAGUGGUUUUGGAGAACUAUGCAACAGAUGGACAAUAUUCUAGUUCAGAGACGCAGUGCGGUCAAGGAGAACAUAAAGUAGAAAACCAUAGCUCUUCCAUGUUUGAUGUUGAGAAAAGGGUUUCUUCAUUUAACCAAUUUAGCAAUUUGCAAGCUUCAACGGAUGUUUCCAGGAGCCCUUCUUAUUGGUCUAGAGUUUGCUUGUAUAAUAUGGCUAAAUUAGCAAAGGAAGCUACAACUGUCAGGCGUGUGUUUGAACCUCUGUUUCAUCAUUUCGAUACUCAAGAUCAAUGGUCCUUAGAAAAAGGACUUGCCUGCUCUGCAUUGACAUUUAUGCAAUUGCUUUUGGAUGAAUCAGGAGACAACUCGCAUCUCUUGUUUUCGAUUCUUGUCAAGCACUUGGAUCAUAAAAGUAUCGUAAAAAAACCUCAAAUUCAAAUAGAUAUCAUCAACGUAACCACACAACUCGCUCAAAAUGCUAAACUGCAAGCCUCAGUUACUAUAAUUGGGGCUAUCACUGAUUUGAUAAAACACUUACGGAAGUGCCUUCUAUGUUCAUCUGAAGACACCGAUAAAUUGAAUGCUGAUCUUCAGUUGGCAUUGGAAAACUGCAUUUCUCGGCUCGCACAGAAGGUAGGAGAUGCAGGACCCAUACUCGAUAUGUUAGCUGUGGUGCUGGAGAAUAUUUCGAUUAAUAAUAUCUCAGCUCGAGCAACAAUCUCGGCUAUUUAUCAGACUGCCAUGACUGUGGCUUCAAUUCCUAAUGUUACAUAUCACAAGAAGGCUUUUCCUGAUGCUCUAUUUCACCAGCUGCUUUUAGCCAUGGCUCACCCUGACCAAGAGACUCGAGUUGGGGCGCAUGAUAUUUUCUCUAUAGUGCUUAUGCCAUCCAUUAAGUGUCCUCCUAGGAUGGAAUCCUCAGAAACUGUUGCAUGGUUACCAUUUGGCAGUGCAACACAGAAAUUGAAUGGUGGAGGUUUCUCCUUUCAAGACGAAGACAAACAUGCAUCAGAACACAUAAAUGGUCCGAGGGAGGAAGAAAGUCAAGCAGCAGACUUAAUUACCAAAAAACCUGCGAGUCAUCCAUCUAGACGGGAAUCCUCCAGCUUCAACCAUAGUUUCACCGAGGGAGAAACAGAGUUGACUUCCCUCCGUUUAAGCAGUCACCAAGUGAGUCUCCUGCUCUCAUCAAUCUGGGUUCAAGCUACAUCUUUGGAUAAUACUCCUGCAAAUUUUGAGGCUAUGGCCCACACUUUUAGCAUUGCUUUGCUCUUUACCCGGUCUAAGACUUCAAGUCACAUGGCUCUGGUACGGUGUUUUCAGCUGGCAUUCUCCCUUCGUAGCAUUGCCAUGGAUCAAGAAGGAGGUUUACUGCCCUCUCGCAGAAGGUCAAUCUUCUCUCUGGCAUCAUUUAUGCUUCUAUUUUCAGCCCGGGCCGGGGAUCUGCCAGAAUUAAUUCCCAUCAUUAAGACAUCAUUAGCUGAUAAAAUGGUUGAUCCUUACCUUCAGUUGGUUGACGAUACCAGGCUGCAGGCUGUUCGAGUAAAGUUCGAAAAGGAUAGCGUGCCAUUCGGGUCAGAAGAAGAUGAAGUUGCUGCUGUGAAGUUUCUAGCAAUACUUGAACUAGAUGAACAGCAGUUGAAGGGAACUGUGGUCUCACACUUCAUGAUUAAAUAUUCCAAACUCUCAGAGGAUGAGCUAUCAAGUAUCAAUGAGCAGCUCUUACAUGGGUUUUUGCCUGAUGAGGCAUAUCCAUUAGGAGCUCCAUUAUUUAUGGACACGCCACAUCCAUGUUCUCCGCUUGCUAAGCUGGCAUUUCCAGAUUUUGAUGAGGAUAUGCCUCCAACUGCUUUGACAGAUGAUGAAGCCUUCCUUGAGCCUAGUGGAAGCCAGUCUGAUCGUAAAACGUCACUUUCCAUCAGUAACCUCGACAUUUUAAGCGUUAAUCAGCUUUUGGAAUCGGUGCUUGAAACAGCCCGACAAGUUGCAAGCUUCCCGGUCUCUUCUGCACCCGUUCCUUACGACCAAAUGAAAAGUCAAUGCGAGGCCCUCGUAACUUGCAAACAGCAGAAAAUGUCAGUGCUUCAUAGUUUCAAGCAGGAACAGGAAGAGAGUGCAAUAGUCCUCUCCAGUGAAAUUGAAACUUUAUAUCCCCCCUUACCCGUCAGUAAUAUGGAAAUCGUUCCAGGGGAUGUUAAGUAUUGUACCAAGGAGACAGCCAAAGGACAGGAUCAGCCUCUUCUUUGUUCACAUGAAUAUGGGCGCUAUUCUUUAAGAUUACCACCUUCAAGUCCAUAUGACAAGUUCUUAAAAGCUGCUGGAUGCUAGAACUUAGCUGUAACUUACAUGUUUAAAAGCCAAUAGUUUGUAUUUCACGAUUACGCCGCAUUGGUAUUCCACUUUCUAUUUAUUCAUUCUUCAUAUUAAAUUGUCGAUCGGUUUUAGUUUGCUAUACAGAUGAUGUUUUUUGGAAUGUACGUGACAAGUAUCGGAGUGACUUCAGCAAGAAUUAGAUGGUUAGACUUGGAAAGCUUUGUUCAUUUCCAAAGUAAUGCAUAUUUUUCUGAAUUGGAAAUCCUCAUUUGUUGGGA